CUGAACAGCAGGUGGAGUUCCAACAGAGACCAGGGGCCUCUUAGUCACUGACAAGAGCUGUCCUCUAGACAUGGCACUGGCCCUCCUUGGUCCCCAGCCCUGUGGCGACACACGGGUGCAGACAGCCUAGACAAGGGAACCUCUGGCCUGUGCUGUGGCCCUGACCCGGGCACAGAUGGCUCCUGCCAUGGAUGCAGGGGAUAUGGUGUCCCCUGCUAUGGACCUGGUGCUGGGUGCCUCAGCCUGCUGCCUGGCCUGCGUAUUCACCAACCCCUUGGAAGUGGUGAAGACUCGGUUACAGCUACAGGGGGAACUGCAGGCCCCAGGCACCUACCCACGGCCCUACCGGGGCUUUGUGGCUUCUGUUGCAGCCGUCGCCCGGGCAGAUGGGCUGUGGGGCCUGCAGAAGGGGCUGGCCGCUGGCCUCCUCUACCAGGGCCUCAUGAACAGUGUCCGUUUCUACUGCUAUAGCCUGGCGUGCCAGGCUGGCCUCACUCAGCAGCCAGGUGGCACCGCGGUCGCAGGCGCUGUGGCUGGGGCACUGGGGGCCUUUGUGGGGAGUCCUGCUUACCUGGUCAAGACCCAGCUACAGGCCCAGACAGUGGCUGCUAUGGCCGUGGGGCACCAGCACCAGCAUCAGAGUGUCCUGGGUGCCUUGGAGACCAUCUGGCGCCAGCAGGGCCUCCUGGCGCUGUGGCGGGGUGCUGGUGGGGCUGUGCCCCGAGUCACGGUGGGCUCAGCUGCUCAGCUGGCCACCUUUGCCUCUGCUAAGGCUUGGGUACAGGAGCGACAGUGGCUUCUGGAGGACAGCUGGCUGGUGACCCUGGCUGGAGGCAUGAUCAGCAGUGUAGCUGUGGCAGCGGUCAUGACUCCCUUCGACGUGCUCAGCACUCGGCUGUACAAUCAACCGGUGGACAGAGCUGGCAGGGGCCAGCUGUACGGGGGCCUCGCUGACUGUCUGGUGAAGAUCUGCCAACAGGAGGGACCCCUGGCACUCUACAAGGGCCUAGGCCUUGCGUAUCUGCGCCUGGGCCCCCACACCAUUCUAAGCAUGUUCUUCUGGGAUGAGCUUCGGAAGCUGGCCACAAGGGCCCAGCACUGACCGGGACGUCCAGCCUAGUCCCUCAUCCCACCGCCAAGCCUGGCAUUUGGUGGACCUGAUCACCUGCUUCAGCAGGACUGGCUGCCUCGAGCCGGCUAGAGUCAGGCCUCGCUACAGGUCAGCGGGGAGUGAGCCGGGACCGCAGACAACCGCCCCCCACCCCCUUCCCCUCUGCUAGGUUAUGAUGCCCGAGCGCAUUGCCAUAGUAACACCUGCAUGCAAGGGUUGCUGUGAGCACAGCCAUUCGGUGGCACUGGGUCCUCAGUGCUCCACCCCCGCGUGACCACACAAUCCUCUCUGAGGCUGCGGGGAGACAUUGCUCUGGCUGGAGCCACACGGCUUUUGUGGUAACAGAGCCAGGACUGCAGUUCGACCCUGUGCUCUCUGCGAGGGACAUGUCAUGACUGUUGGGCUGCAGUUCCCUCAGAGGCCACUGCAUGUGAGGAGACUCAUGGUUGGGUCACAAGGGAGGUUGACCAAGGCCAGUUAUGGAACAAAGUUCUAAAGCCUCGGCAACUUGAACAAGAACCAGUUUUCUUACUUUCA